AUGUCUCCCCUGUCCAGACGUGUUCUGUUUCAUGUCGUAAUGUCUCUCCUGUCCAGACGUGUUCUGUUUCAUGUCGUAAUGUCUCUCCUGUCCAGACGUGUUCUGUAUCAUGUCGUUAUGUCUCCCCUGUCCAGACGUGUUCUGUUUCAUGUCGUAAUGUCUCCCCUGUCCAGACGUGUUCUGUUUCAUGUCGUAAUGUCUCUCCUGUCCAGACGUGUUCUGUUUCAUGUCGUAAUGUCUCCCCUGUCCAGACGUGUUCUGUAUCAUGUCGUUAUGUCUCUCCUGUCCAGACGUGUUCUGUUUCAUGUCGUUAUGUCUCUCCUGUCCAGACGUGUUCUGUUUCAUGUCGUUAUGUCUCCCCUGUCCAGACGUGUUCUGUUUCAUGUCGUAAUGUCUCUCCUGUCCAGACGUGUUCUGUUUCAUGUCGUAAUGUCUCUCCUGUCCAGACGUGUUCUGUUUCAUGUUGUUAUGUCUCCCCUGUCCAGACGUGUUCUGUUUCAUGUCGUUAUGUCUCUCCUGUCCAGACGUGUUCUGUUUCAUGUCGUAAUGUCUCUCCUGUCCAGACGUGUUCUGUUUCAUGUCGUAAUGUCUCUCCUGUCCAGACGUGUUCUGUUUCAUGUCGUAAUGUCUCCCCUGUCCAGACGUGUUCUGUUUCAUGUCGUUAUGUCUCUCCUGUCCAGACGUGUUCUGUUUCAUGUCGUUAUGUCUCUCCUGUCCAGACGUGUUCUGUUUCAUGUCGUAAUGUCUCUCCUGUCCAGACGUGUUCUGUUUUCAUGUCGUUAUGUCUCUCCUGUCCAGACGUGUUCUGUUUCAUGUCGUAAUGUCUCCCCUGUCCAGACGUGUUCUGUUUCAUGUCGUUAUGUCUCCCCUGUCCAGACGUGUUCUGUUUCAUGUCGUUAUGUCUCUCCUGUCCAGACGUGUUCUGUUUCAUGUCGUUAUGUCUCCCCUGUCCAGACGUGUUCUGUUUCAUGUCGUAAUGUCUCUCCUGUCCAGACGUGUUCUGUUUCAUGUCGUAAUGUCUCCCCUGUCCAGACGUGUUCUGUUUCAUGUCGUAAUGUCUCUCCUGUCCAGACGUGUUCUGUUUCAUGUCGUAAUGUCUCCCCUGUCCAGACGUGUUCUGUUUCAUGUCGUAAUGUCUCUCCUGUCCAGACGUGUUCUGUUUCAUGUCGUAAUGUCUCCCCUGUCCAGACGUGUUCUGUUUCAUGUCGUAAUGUCUCUCCUGUCCAGACGUGUUCUGUUUCAUGUCGUAAUGUCUCCCCAAGUCCAGACGUGUUCUGUUUCAUGUCGUUAUGUCUCCCCAAGUCCAGACGUGUUCUGUUUCAUGUCGUAAUGUCUCCCCUGUCCAGACGUGUUCUGUUUCAUGUCGUUAUGUCUCUCCUGUCCAGACGUGUUCUGUUUCAUGUCGUAAUGUCUCUCCUGUCCAGACGUGUUCUGUUUCAUGUCGUAAUGUCUCCCCAAGUCCAGACGUGUUCUGUUUCAUGUCGUUAUGUCUCCCCAAGUCCAGACGUGUUCUGUUUCAUGUCGUAAUGUCUCCACUGUCCAGACGUGUUCUGUUUCAUGUCGUUAUGUCUCUCCUGUCCAGACGUGUUCUGUUUCAUGUCGUUAUGUCUCCCCUGUCCAGACUUGUUCUGUUUCAUGUCGUAAUGUCUCUCCUGUCCAGACGUGUUCUGUUUCAUGUCGUUGUGUCUCUCCUGUCCAGACGUGUUCUGUUUCAUGUCGUUAUGUCUCCCCUGUCCAGACGUGUUCUGUUUCAUGUCGUUAUGUCUCCCCUGUCCAGACGUGUUCUGUUUCAUGUCGUAAUGUCUCUCCUGUCCAGACGUGUUCUGUUUCAUGUCGUUAUGUCUCCCCUGUCCAGACGUGUUCUGUUUCAUGUAAUAAUGUCUCUCCUGUCCAGACGUGUUCUGUUUCAUGUCGUUAUGUCUCCCCUGUCCAGACGUGUUCUGUUUCAUGUCGUAAUGUCUCUCCUGUCCAGACGUGUUCUGUUUCAUGUCGUUAUGUCUCUCCUGUCCAGACGUGUUCUGUUUCAUGUCGUUGUGUCUCUCCUGUCCAGACGUGUUCUGUUUCAUGUCGUUAUGUCUCCCCUGUCCAGACGUGUUCUGUUUCAUGUCGUUAUGUCUCCCCUGUCCAGACGUGUUCUGUUUCAUGUCGUAAUGUCUCUCCUGUCCAGACGUGUUCUGUUUCAUGUCGUUAUGUCUCCCCUGUCCAGACGUGUUCUGUUUCAUGUAAUAAUGUCUCUCCUGUCCAGACGUGUUCUGUUUCAUGUCGUUAUGUCUCCCCUGUCCAGACGUGUUCUGUUUCAUGUCGUAAUGUCUCUCCUGUCCAGACGUGUUCUGUUUCAUGUCGUUAUGUCUCUCCUGUCCAGACGUGUUCUGUUUCAUGUCGUUGUGUCUCUCCUGUCCAGACGUGUUCUGUUUCAUGUCGUUAUGUCUCCCCUGUCCAGACGUGUUCUGUUUCAUGUCGUUAUGUCUCCCCUGUCCAGACGUGUUCUGUUUCAUGUCUUCAGACGUGUUCUGUUUCAUGUCGUAAUGUCUCCCCUGUCCAGACGUGUUCUGUUUCAUGUCGUUAUGUCUCCCCCUGUCCAGACGUGUUCUGUUUCAUGUCGUAAUGUCUCCCCUGUCCAGAAGUGUUCUGUUUCAUGUCGUAAUGUCUCCCUGUCCAGACGUGUUCUGUUUCAUGUCGUAAUGUCUCUCCUGUCCAGGACGUGUUCUGUUAUAUGUCGUUAUGUCUCCCUGUCCAGACGUGUUCUGUUUCAUGUCGUUAAUGUCUCCCCUGUCCAGACGUGUUCUGUUUCAUGUCGUAAUGUCUCUCCCUGUCCAGACGUGUUCUGUUUCAUGUCGUAAUGUCUCUCCUGUCCAGACGUGUUCUGUUUCAUGUGUAAUGUCUCUCCUGUCCAGACGUGUUCUGUUUCAUGUCGUUAUGUCUCUCCUGUCCAGACGUGUUUCUGUUUCAUGUCGUUAUGUCUUCCUGUCCAGACGUGUUCUGUUUCAUGUCGUUAUGUCUCCCCUGUCCAGACGUGUUUCUGUUUCAUGUCGUAAUGUCUCUCCUGUCCAGACGUGUUCUGUUUCAUGUCGUAAUGUCUCUCCUGUCCAGACGUGUUCUGUUUCAUGUCGUUAUGUCUCCCCUGUCCAGACGUGUUCUGUUUCAUGUCGUUAUGUCUCUCCUGUCCAGACGUGUUCUGUUUCAUGUCGUAAUGUCUCUCCUGUCCAGACGUGUUCUGUUUCAUGUCGUAAUGUCUCUCCUGUCCAGACGUGUUCUGUUUCAUGUCGUAUGUCUCCCCUGUCCAGACGUGUUCUGUUUCAUGUCGUUAUGUCUCUCCUGUCCAGACGUGUUCUGUUUCAUGUCGUAUGUCUCUCCUGUCCAGACGUGUUCUGUUUCAUGUCGUAAUGUCUCUCCUGUCCAGACGUGUUCUGUUUCAUGUCGUUAUGUCUCUCCUGUCCAGACGUGUUCUGUUUCAUGUCGUAAUGUCUCCCCUGUCCAGACGUGUUCUGUUUCAUGUCGUUAUGUCUCCCCUGUCCAGACGUGUUCUGUUUCAUGUCGUUAUGUCUCUCCUGUCCAGACGUGUUCUGUUUCAUGUCGUAAUGUCUCCCCUGUCCAGACGUGUUCUGUUUUCAUGUCGUAA